UUCAACAAAUAUGAUAAAAGUUUUACAUAAAAUCCUGAUUGACUUUCACAUGUCGUUUUGGAGACUUGACAGUGUAAGAGUACACAAGGGCAGAUCACUCCCACCUGGUAGAGAAAUAAACAGAAAACACGUGUUACGAUGUCUUCCGAUGAAGAGUCAGAUAUCCAAGAAUCCAGUGGGGAUGAAAGUGGUAGUUUUGUUGAGAGCAGCCAAAAGGAGUUGGUUCAACCAUCAAGAACACCUAGCAGGCCACAUAAACGGUUGCUGAAUGAUGACACAGGCCCACCAGAAGGUGAGCCAAUGAAGAAAGUGAGUCGACCUUCUAGGAGUCACCUGUACAAACCGCCGACCAAUGAGGAAAUCAAUGAGCUCAAGGAGACAGAGAAUCUGUUCCAUUCAUCAUUGUUCAGAAUGCAGAUAUCAGAAAUGCUGUCGGAGGUGAAAUUGACUGAGAAGAGGAAAAAACAGAUUGACAGUGCUGUCAGUUUUAUGGAAACUACACUAAAGGCAAUUAAAUCCAGCAAAAAAUAUGAGCUACAAGACAGCAAGUUACUGGCCAAGCUUGGAGUUCCGGUUCCCAUUUCCAUGGAGCCACCCACUGACAAAGGCCGGUUUCAGUUCCUCCCACCCAGCAAGGUGGUGGUAAGCGGUAGCUACGGGAGCGAUGUAUGCACCCGGCCUGGUGUCAGUGUAGAUCUUAUGCUGGAAAUGCCCAAGGAGUGCUUUGAUAGCAUGGAUUAUCUCAAUCAGCGGUACAUUCGCAAGAGAGCCAUAUAUCUCGUCUGGGUUGCUAAGACACUGAAGAAACAUUCAGAAGUCACGGAUAUCAAGUUUACCCAUCACCAUGGAAAUUGCAUGAGGCCCUUACUUGCUGUUACAGUUAAAAUUGGAGCUCACAAGCCAGUGGUGUUACACCUGCAUGCUGUCGCCCACCCUGGGGUAUUCAAACUAAACCGUUUCCAUGCCAACAAGAACAAUGUAAGGUCCUCAUGGUGUUUGGGUCACAGUGAGGCUAAAGGGACAGAGGAGAAAGAAUCUCCCACUCCAUUCUACAACAGUUGCAUUCUGGAGGACAUUGUUUACCAGACAGGGGACAGCACUCUGCAAGAGAAACUCACAGUAAGCUCCCCUGGCUUAAAGGAGGGAAUCAUGCUGCUGAAAGUAUGGCUUCGACAGAGAGGGCUCAACAUGGGGUAUGGGAGUUUCAGCAACUACCUGAUGACGAUGUACGUGGUACAUUUGUUGGAGCAGAAAAAACUCAGCACGUUUAUGAGCAGUUAUCAGGUGUUCCGGAAUACCCUGUUACGCUUGAGCCAAAGUAGCUGGACGGACAAUGGUAUCAGCAUGUGUGCAGUACACAAGGAUGUGAACAUGCCCCUACUGAGUGACUUCCACCAGCACUUUGAGGUUGUCUUUGUGGACCCAACUGGCUACCUGAACAUGGCUUACACACUGGACAGAUCGGUGUACAACAGGGUGAAGCAUGAAGCAGUCAUGGCAUUGUCAAUGCUCGAUAAUAAACAUCUGGACAGCUUUGAUAAACUCUUUAUUAAGAAGAUGCCAUUCAACCUGUCCUUUGAUCACAUGGUUCACAUCAGCCUUGGACAGUGUAUAGAUCAGAUGGUAGAGCGACUAGACAUUGGUCUCAAGGUGGUAGACCAUGGGGGCGACAGAGUAGGGGCGUGUCAGGCGGCCAUAUUGAGUCUCCUAGAGCGAUCCUUGCGACAGAGAGUCACCGCAAUACAGCUGUACUGUGGGAUACCUUCACAGUGGGACAUGACUGACCCAGUGCCUCGCCCUGCCCAGGACAUGCAUCUCACAUACGGUCUCUCUCUGGACCAGGAACAUGCAUUCAGUAUUCUGGAUAAAGGCCCAGAGGCAAACACACCUAUGGCUGCAGAGUUCCGUCUAUUUUGGGGAGAUAAAUGUGAGCUGCGUCGGUUUCAAGAUGGUGGCAUUUGUGAGGCAGUGCUAUGGAUGGCAGAUGGUGCUAUCUCUGAGCGACAACAAGUCUGUGACCUUGUCAUCAAACACACACUUGCAAGACAUGCUAGCAUAUCAGGUGACCAUGUCCAGUAUAUAGGGGGUCAACUCAACAGCCUUCUGCAUCUGCCCGUGAAGCUCUCCAGUAAGGAGGUGGAGGAGAAAGGAACUCUUCAGUAUGGUACAGGAGAGGAGCAGAUCACCGCGGUGAUGACUGUGUACGACUCAGUGUGCAAGCUGCUGCGACAGCUGCCUGACCUCCCCCUCACUAUCAACACUGUACAGGGAGCAUCUGCCUGCUUCCGCUUUACAGAGGUAUUCCCUCCCUUGCCAUGCACGUUCCGUCACCCCGAGGAGCGGUCACUGGAGCACGGAGUGAAGCGCUACAUACCGGUCGUCAAUAAACCGUGUCCUCCAUACACACAUCUACUGAAAGUUGUGUGCACGCUGGAGGGCAGUGGUAAGUGGCCAGACAACCUGGAUGCCAUGAGGCGACUGAAGGCUGCGUUCCACCUGCAGCUUGCCCAGGCACUGAGGACCACAUUCAGUCUGCCUACCAGGGUCGGCGUCGGUCAUGUUGACAUUGUAAAGGACCAUUACGUAUUUCGCCUGGUGCUCUGUUACACAAGGGAGAUCAGCCAGCUGAGAAGCCUGCGCACCACGGACGGUAAACUGGUCAAGCGCGACACAGAGGAGGCCCUCGUACUGGAGAGGGAGACAAUUGCACUGCCACGAUUGACGAGCACACUCCACGGACUGCAGCAGCAGCACUCAUGCUUCUGUGCUACUGCACGGCUGGCUAAACGCUGGGUGAGCUCUCACAUGCUGGCGGACUACAUACACCCUGUGGCCGUGGAGCUGAUAGUGGCACACCUCUUCCUGUCCCCUGCCCCAUACUCCAUACCCAGGUCGGGGCUUGUAGGGUUUCAGAGGUUUCUAGAUUUUUUGAGCUCAUUUGACUGGAAGACUUCCCCUCUACUGAUCAACCUCAACAGUGAAUUUACAGAUGCAGAUUUGAUUGAAAUUCCCACCAAGUUCUCCAAGGAGCGCCCCACUCUGCCACUGAUGUUCAUCUCCACCCCGCUGGACAAGUACAGUCAGCACUGGACCAAGCACGAGCCCUCGCCCGCAGUCCUCACAAGACUGGUCCUGCUGGCUGCCAAGUCUGCACAGCUGCUGCAACACAGUCUACUGCAUGGCGACACACAGGAGGUCAAGGUUGUGUUCAGACCUUCACUGACUGUAUUUGACGUUCUUAUUUAUUUGAAUGAGAAUCAGUUACCACGGAAACAGGAAGGUUUAAGCACAAGUGUGGAGACAAUCAGUUAUGGGAAAUCAGUGGAUAAAGAGAGAUUUCCAGUGACAGAGUUCGACCCAGCACGGCUGUUCUUACAAGACUUGAAGGACUCAUUUAGUGAUGUCUGCUUGUUCUUCCAUGAUCAGCACGGCGGGGAUGUGAUUGGUUUAAUCUGGAAACCAAAUGUCUUCACACCUAAAGAAUUCAAGGUUUCCCAUGUCAACCACACAAAGCUGGAUCUCGGGACAUCUUCACAGACAACCGAGCAGCUGAUGGUCACCCUCAAUGUUGAUGCAGUCAUUGAAGAUAUCAAGGUGCUGGGCAAAGGCAUCGUUCGCUCCAUUGAGUUGAACAAAAAACCAGCUUGAUUCACGUGCAAAUUAGACUUUAUAUUCUAUUAUAUAUUGUGCAAAUGUCUUAUUAUUGAGUUAUUAAACAAGUACAGUAAUC